AUGAAGGCAUACAUGUAUGACAAUCAACCGGGCGACCAGCGCUUACCUCACGAUUCUGGUCGAGCGAUCAGCACAGAAGCACUCUGCAAAUUAGGGGUGCUCUACUACCACCUGACGGAUAUUGCGGAAGUAAACAAACUGGCUGCUGAUCGCGGAUAUAAAAAUCGGGAUGAAAUCACUGUGUCCCCAGAAAAAAUGGGCGACGUGUACGAGGACAAAGUGAAAAUGUUCUUCAAUGAACAUUUGCACGAAGAUGAGGAAAUUCGCUACAUCAGGGACGGCCAAGGCUUCUUUGAUGUUCGGAGCAAGGAUGACGAGUGGGUUCGUGUGCGCCUUGAGAAGGACGACUUGCUCAUCCUUCCUGCUGGUAUAUAUCAUCGCUUUACAACAGACGAAGCCAAUUUUGUACACGCCAUGAGACUCUUCAAGGACGAGCCAAAGUGGACGCCAUUGAACAGAAGCGAAGAUUUAAAAGACAAUGCGUUCCGUAAAGAAUACGUUGACGAAUUCUUAGCCUAG